CGUUACAAAGGCGAAUCGUCGAUCAGUCGUUCGAAAUCGGUUUACUUGUGUACAUCAAACCAGGAUUUCAUGUCGAAUCUAUCUACAAUGAAUGUGAUGAGCUUUGCGCAAGAGUUUUCAAGCUUGGUCAUUCGUUACACAAAAGAUCCUUUGCCAAACCCUUCGUCGAAGAACAAACAGCCAAAUGUGCCUUUGACGAAGCAUGAAGUGACGAAUGUUGUGACUAACGUGCUUGCUACGCUUCUUGGUAUAAGUGAUAUUAACAUUAAUAACACUUCUUUCAAAACACCGACUGGAAGCACCGUCACCACUCCGACUGCUUCGGUUAUAGACAAUUGGAAAGAAAACGAUGAGAAUAUAUGCAGAUCUCAGGACAUUCAGGAAACACCGAAGAAUUCUGGCACGUCCAAUCCUGAUUUGGAAACCGAUGAAAAAAAGAGCACAUACGAAGUAUUCCAAGACGGGAAAAAGUUUAUCUCACGAUCGAGUCCGGCGAUCUGCAUUAAUAAUGUUGGCAGAUCCGACACCUUCAUUCUCGAUGAAAACCAAUCCACAGAAGCCGAUUUGAAAACAUUCAAUGAUCCUUUUGCAAAGGUUGAAAUGACUAGUGCUGUCCUGCAAUCCCUAAACGAAGCCCGGAUGUUUGCAAUGAACGUCGUAACAAAGUUGGACGAAAUAAAGAAGCAAGCAUUUCCACAGUCGUUAAACGCACGGCGAUUAUCUACAAACGAAAUCAAUUCUAAUCGAAUGUCAAAUACAACGAGACUAACAAUUCCUGCGAAGGUACGCAGAUCGAUCAGCGAUUUCCCUGGAACACCGACAUCGUCUAGAUCGUCAGGAUCACAGGAUAGCGGGGACAAACGCAAAAGUUUUGGCGCUGCUAUUGAUACUGCGUCUCGGAAAUUAAGCUCGACUGCAGUGACUCGUUCGAUAUCAAAUUUACAUUUGUCAUCGAAUAACAAGUCAUUCGAUUCAAUUAGCAAGCCAACAAAAAACCCGAAGUACGCCCAUAUACAAAGCACCAUACCAAAGCCAAUUGCGAGCAAACGAAAGGCGUAAUAAUUACAAUAAAACUCUUCCUCGUCCAGAAAGUUGAUAUGUUAUUUCUCUCGAUAAAAUUUUUAAUUGACUUUGUCAUGUGCAAUUAUAUGUAAUAAUAUGUAAAGAUAUUAAAUAUUAAUAAAAUCUCGUUGUAUUCCUCCUCCUG